GCAACUUCUCUCUCCCUCUUCCUCAACUUUGUCUCUCCAUCCUUCUUUCUCGUUCUCUUUCCCUACAUCUCUCUCUCUCUCUCUGCUCUCAUCAUCUCUCUCCACUCAACAGCGCACACAUACUAUCUCUCUAUCUUCGCUCCAACCGAACCGAUCUACACAUCGGCGGCCAUUUCAGCAGCGACGGGCCAUUGCAGCAGGUGUUGGGCCAAAAUAAACAGAUGCGACGGCCGAAAUGAAAUAGCCCAGCAAGCGGAAUGCACCCCGCCUGAUGUGUUGCUCUUCCCUCCCUCCCAAAUCAAAUCAGGCUAGAACAAAAGCUAAUGGAGGUCCGGAAGAACAAUUUUCUUCCUCUAUGUUUUGCUCUUCUCAGCAUUGUCCUCAUGGCCCAGCAAUCUCUCGCCAUCCGAGUGCCGGAUCGCCAGAUUUACUCAGGACAAAGUGCCAUCCCCAGUAACCCAAACCGGCCACUUAAGGUGGCUGUUUUUGCUCUCGGGAGCUUCUGGAGAUCUGAAGCGGUUUUCGGAUGCUUGCCCGGUGUGAUCCGUACAACUGUUGGUUAUGCUGGUGGAUCUAAAACCAAUCCUGAGUUUAGAAGCUUAGGAGAUCAUGCCGAAUCUGUUCAGAUUGAAUAUGAUCCGAAGUUGAUACAGUUCAAGCAGCUUUUGGAUGUCUUCUGGUCUAGUCAUGAUUCUAGGCAAGUUUUUGGCCAAGGUCCUGACGUCGGCAGUCAAUAUAGGUCGAUAAUCUUCACUAAUGGAGCCGAGGAGGCGAGAUUGGCAUCUGCAAGUAAAGAGAAGGAACAGACCAAAACAAAGAGCACCAUUGUAACUACACAAAUUCAGCAAAUAGGAGCUUUUUAUCCAGCAGAAUCUGAUCAUCAGAAAUUUGAGCUGAAGAGAAAACAAUUUCUGCUUCAGAUGAUUGGAAAUCUAGCAGAUGAGGAGCUCAUGAGGUCGACCUUGGCAACAAAACUAAAUAGCUAUGCUGCAGAACUCUGCCCGCUGAAGACUCAAAAGCAGAUUGAUGUGAAGAUCGACGACAUCCUUAGAAAAGGUUGGCCAGUGUUGAGAGAAGUGUAGCUCAUGUGUGAUGCAGAUGACAUGCAAGGAAUCCAUCAGGUAUGGCGAAUUGCUUGUUUUUGUGUCCAUUUCUUUAAAUUAUAAACUAUGAGAAGGGAUAAAAAAGAAAAAGAAAAAGAAAAUCAGUAGCUGAUUGUUGUAUGUGAACCAUGCUUUCACUGGUUUCAUGUUGUUGUUCGCAGGAAGGAAAGGGUCUUGAAAUUGUUUUUUUUUUUCAAAUCACAGUUAAUGUUUAUUACUGUGAUUUUGUAACUUGAUUUUUUUAAAAUCAUUGAUGGUUAAUGUUUAUUACU